CCAUUCAGAUGAUUUUGCAAAGUCUGUUCUGGGUUGUCCUAAAUUCAUUUCCCUCUGCCUCCUCCCCUCGCCCCGCCUCACUCAUGAUCCCCAGCUCCAGCCAAUGUGCCGACUUGGAGGCGUUCCCUUUAACCUCUCUCUCUCUAAUCAGCAGGCUUUGUAGAAACAAUGAAAUCUUUGAGCGGGCCGGAGUUUUGACUUUGCGUACACGAGAGGUGUUUCGGUGUGAGGUUAUCGGAAAGCAGCGAUGGUGGGUAGCCUGAGCCUGCAGGAGGUAUCUGGUCCCCUCGUGGAGCCCAAGCGCCUGGGCGAGCGGGUCCUGGAUAGUCCCGACUCCGGGCUUCCCCCCAGCCCCAGUCCCACGCCCAGCGUCUGGCUGCCGUCCCCGGGAGCUGCAGAGAACCGGCUGCUGGAGCAGGAAGACGUCGGCUUCCCGCUCAGGAGAGGACCGUCUCUACAAACGGACGCUCCAGUUACUUCCUCUUUCCUAAUCACAGGGUUUGGGCCAAGGCUGCAGCCAUCAUCAUUUGGAGAAGGUGUUGAAGUGGACCCUUUGCCACCGAAGGAGAUUAGGUACACCUCUUCUGUGAAAUAUGAUUCGGACCGACACUAUGUCAACAAUGUACUCCUCCAGCACACACUGGGUGUUGAUUCUUGCAGCCAGACAGUCAUCUGCGUUCCCAAUUGCACAUGGCGGAACUACAAGACGGAGCUGAGAUUUGAGCCGCAACACCAACCGUGGAGGUUCCGCAGCACUAUCAUUGUGUACCCAAAGUAUGCAAAGACAGUCUAUACAACCACUGUGGAUUACAACUGCAGAAAAGCAGCACGAAAAUUCUUGUCCAGUGUGGAACUUGAAGCCACAGAUUACAAUGGCAGUGAAAUGGUGUUCCAGGAUAGCCAGUGACUUGACUUAACCACAGUCUGUGUUUUUUUUCUUCUUCGAAAGAGGAUUUUAAAAAAAGUUUAACUUUUUAGACUCUCCAAAAAAAGCUUCUGAAUCUCUUCAAUACUGUAUUUUUUUUUGCUCCUUGCAACAUAGCCUACAUUGUUUCUUUUUUAAUCGCACAAUAAAAUUUAGGAAUUUCCUUUUAGAGAUUUUAUCGCCAUUAAUAUGUAUAAGACAGGAAUAGAUUAAGGAAGCAAAACACACACAACCAGUUGUGAUAUUGAUUGUUUUAACAUGCACAGGCUGGAGAUGGGUGUUGAGGUGCAAGGUCUCAGCUGUUACCCAUUUACUGGGAGCCUGUUUCAGUCUCUGGCAGAAUGGGUGCUUGGUUCCUGAGGCUCUGUUGAGAAGGAGUCGAGCUUGGCUGUGUCUGGUCAUGACCAGCCUAUACAGAGACUGGAGAUGCUGAAGGCUUUGCUUUCAUUUUGGGUAUAUGAGACUGGGGUUGCAGGCAAAAGACUGUAAAUGUGAACCUGAGGAAAUCUCACUGCAUGCAUCAAUUUGUUCUAAUCAUUACAUAAAAAUAUUUCUUGUGCAUUUGAUACAUGUUUAAAUGCUGUAUUUGAAACAUGGAUUAAUUCAUUUGAAGUACAAUUAGCAGUGUAAGGUUUGGAAUAAGUAAACCUGAGGUAUAUUGGAAUUAAUUUCUCCUCCACUGUGAUAAAUCAAACAAUUGCCAUUGGUUCCAAUGUGGAAUAUUUUAGAUCUUUUUCUAGUUUGUCUCCUGCUUGAAUGAGAGUUUGUACAAAUGAUGUACACACUGGUAACCACAUUUUUUGUGAAAGUAUUACAAUUCCCCUAUGGUCCAACUGAAGUUUAAAUGUAAUAGGACUUAGUUUUGAAAUGUACUAAUUGCCUGGUAAAUGGUAACAUGAUCCCAUAUUUGCUUAUAUUAAACAAUUUCAUUUUAUCGUUAUCUUCGCCUCCCUCCACUCCCACCCCACCCCUUAAUCCUCUUAAGUGUGAAAACUACAUGGCUGUUGUAUGACAAAAGGAGUUAUUCUCCUGAUUUAGAAUUGAGUAGACAAACCAGAUGGAUGCAGAUGAGAGCUUCAUUCUCUCCUUGCUAUCAAGACAUCUGCUUGCUCCUCGAAUGAGUCUUGCCGACACUGGACCAUGACCUACCUGCACCAUUCAUUAAGCACUGUCUUGCGAACAACUUUCUGACCUGCUAGAAUUUACCUUUAACUUAUAUCAGGCAUUACCUUCUCAUCAUACUGUUGUGGUUUAUUCUCAUUGUGAUUAAAAUGAGUCAAAUGAUGUUAAAGCAGAGAAUUUACUCUACGAAAUUUAACAAAAUUUUAUGGUUUGAAAAGAAAAAGUAAUUAUCUUGGGUGAUCACUCAUCAACUGCUGAUCACUGAAGCUGUUCAAUUCAAAUAGAUCUGAUUUUUUUUUAAAACUUAGAAUCAACAAAUCAGUGGUGGUAAAGUGAGUGAGUGAUUGUAAAAGGUUACAUGGAAACAAGAUUUAUUUCCAGUUUGAUUGUGGCCGGGAGAUGGACCGUUCCUUUAAGACACUUUGGCUAUUAGCAUUUAAUAUUACCAGAUUGUUCCAUCUCCAGUUGGAAGAUAGGGUAUUUGGUAUAGUUCAGUCAGUUUUGUUUUGGGAGGGUGAGGGAAGAAGGGAGAAUUGGGGAGGGUUCAGCCACUUUAAAACUGGUCAAGCACUUGUAACUUUUAGAAAGGUACUAAUGAGAAUGCUUCCCAUUUCUUCCUUUUUUUUUGGAGAGGUUAAAAAGACCAAAGAAGGAAGAUUUUUUUUAACGCACUUGUCUAGAAUGUGGUUCAACAAAUGUUUGCACAAAUACACCAGGUUAGUCAAAGCAGUUUUAAGAAACAAUCUGUAGAGGUCUUGCUUUUAAAACUGGCUCAAUAAAUGUGGAAUAUUUUAAUA